AGAACUUGGGAGCCUCCAGAAAAGGCAAAUUCUUAAAAGUUAAUGGUUUUAAGUGAUUUUUUUUUCAAAUCUGUGCUGGCUCAAGAGCCCCGCCUCUCCUCGGUAUCAGCGCUUCCUCAUUCCUCGCGUCGGAGGCUCAGCGGUCCUCGGCUUCAGACCAGCCUGAAGAAGCCUGUUAGCAAUUUAAACCCACUGUGAACGCCCAGGGCCAAGGAGGCGGUGCCCAGGGCGGGCGGGGGUGGGUCCUUGGCGGUCUGUUUUGAAUAAGGGGGUGUGUCCUAGCGCGGACUCUAUAAAAGCCGGCCGCUGCAGGCGUGCGUGCACUGUUUGCUGCAUUAGGUGUUUUUUUUUUUUUCUGCUCUUUAGCUUUACUCUCCAACAUGAAGGCGCUGAGCCCGGUGCGCGGCUGCUACGAGGCGGUGUGCUGCCUAUCGGAGCGUAGCCUGGCCAUCGCGCGUGGCCGCGGUAAGAGCCCGUCGGCCGAGGAGCCUCUUAGCCUCUUGGAUGACAUGAACCACUGCUACUCGCGCCUGCGGGAACUGGUGCCGGGAGUUCCGCGAGGCACUCAGCUUAGCCAGGUGGAAAUCCUGCAGCGUGUCAUAGACUACAUUCUCGACCUUCAGGUGGUCCUGGCAGAGCCGGCGCCGGGACCCCCAGAUGGUCCGCAUCUCCCGAUUCAGACAGCUGAGCUCACUCCGGAACUUGUGAUCUCCAAGGACAAGAGGAGCUUUUGCCACUGACCUGGUCGUCCUGGCACCUCCCGAACGCAGGUGCUGGCGCCCGUUCCGCUUGGGACCCUGGGACUCUGGGACCCUCUCUCCAGCCGGAAGCCUGAGGGCAUGGAUGAGCUUCGAUCUUACCCAGCCCUCUUCACUUACCCUGAACUCACGUCUCGAGGCUGGACCUGGAGCCCGAGAGCGAUGGACUGAACUUGGGUGGCCCGAAGAGCUAGCACUCGCUGGUCAGCAGCUGGGCAACGUCACUCUGUCCCCACCCUGACUCGAGUCUGAAAAGACUGGUUUUUCCGAGAAUGGGGUGUCGAGGGUGUGGGGGGAUGCAAGAGGCUGCCCCGCACACUCUGCCAAGGCAGCGUUAAGAGCUGGUCUUCUGGUUUCCUUAGGGGAAAAGCUCUGCUGCCCUGAUUAUGAACUCUAUAAUAGAGUAUAUAGCUUUUGUACCUUUUUUACAGGAAGGUGACUUUCUGUAAUCAUGUGAUGUAUAUUAAACUUUUUAUAAAAGUUAACAUUUUGCAUAAUAAACAAUUUUUGAACAC